AUGAUGAGAUCUGUUGCGGUUAUUGGCAAGAAAUGUCUUCACCGGCACACUGUGUUACUUAAAGGUAAUCCUCGAACUACUCUUUGUUGGGAACGAUCUUUUGCUGGUGCGAGUUCUGAUGAUUGCAGAGAGAACUUGAGUAGAAAAGUGUUACAGGAUUUGAAGUUAGAUGAUGCGAUUGGUUUGUUCGGUGACAUGGUCAAGUCUCGUCCAUUUCCUUCGAUUGUUGAGUUCAGUAAAUUGUUGAGUGCCAUUGCUAAGAUGAACAAGUUCGAUCUUGUCAUCUCUCUCGGCGAGCAGAUGCAAAAUUUGGGAAUUUCACAUAAUCUUUACACAUACAGUAUUUUCAUCAACUAUUUCUGCCGACGCUCUCAACUCUCACUUGCUUUAGCAAUUCUUGGCAAGAUGAUGAAACUUGGCUAUGGGCCCAGCAUUGUUACCCUGAACUCGCUUCUCAAUGGUUUCUGUCACGGGAAUAGGAUAUCCGAGGCUGUUGCUUUGGUUGAUCAGAUGGUGGAAAUGGGAUAUCAACCCGAUACCGUCACAUUUACAACUUUGGUUCAUGGGCUUUUUCAACACAACAAAGCUUCCGAAGCUGUGGCUUUAGUUGAACGGAUGGUUGUGAAAGGUUGUCAACCAGAUCUGGUUACUUAUGGUGCGGUAAUUAAUGGAUUAUGUAAGAGAGGUGAACCUGAUUUGGCUUUAAAUCUGCUCAACAAGAUGGAGAAAGGGAAAAUAGAGGCUGAUGUUGUGAUCUACAACACAAUCAUUGAUGGUCUUUGCAAAUACAAACAUAUGGAUGAUGCAUUCGACCUAUUCAACAAAAUGGAAACUAAAGGUAUUAAACCUGAUGUUUUUACCUACAACCCCCUCAUUAGCUGCCUCUGUAACUACGGAAGAUGGAGUGAUGCCUCUCGACUACUGAGUGAUAUGCUUGAGAAGAAUAUCAACCCUGAUUUAGUCUUUUUCAACGCAUUGAUCGAUGCGUUUGUGAAGGAGGGGAAGCUUGUAGAGGCUGAGAAAUUGUACGACGAGAUGGUCAAAAGCAAGCAUUGUUUUCCAGAUGUAGUGGCUUAUAAUACGCUUAUAAAGGGAUUUUGCAAGUAUAAAAGGGUAGAAGAGGGUAUGGAAGUCUUCCGUGAGAUGUCUCAAAGAGGAUUGGUUGGCAACACAGUCACCUACACCACUCUUAUCCAUGGAUUUUUUCAAGCUAGAGAUUGUGAUAACGCCCAAAUGGUUUUCAAACAGAUGGUUUCUGAUGGUGUGCAUCCCGAUAUUAUGACAUACAACAUUUUAUUAGAUGGGCUUUGUAAUAAUGGGAAUGUAGAGACAGCAUUGGUGGUGUUUGAGUAUAUGCAAAAGAGAGAUAUGAAACUUGAUAUCGUCACAUAUACUACUAUGAUUGAAGCAUUGUGCAAGGCAGGGAAGGUGGAAGAUGGGUGGGAUCUAUUUUGUAGCCUCAGCCUUAAAGGAGUGAAGCCUAAUGUUGUAACCUACACAACAAUGAUGUCAGGAUUUUGUAGGAAAGGUUUAAAGGAAGAAGCAGAUGCCUUGUUUGUAGAAAUGAAAGAAGAUGGGCCUCUUCCAAAUAGCGGUACCUAUAAUACGCUGAUUAGGGCACGCCUUAGAGAUGGUGACGAAGCAGCAUCAGCUGAACUCAUCAAAGAAAUGAGGAGUUGCGGAUUUGCUGGAGAUGCUUCAACCUUUGGCUUGGUCACUAAUAUGUUGCAUGAUGGGAGAUUGGAUAAAAGCUUUCUGGACAUGCUUUCCUAA